UGUUUUUUAGAUUUUUUUUCACCUGAGUGGAGUUCCUUUAAUUUAAAAUAUAGUUUGAAGGAUUUUCAAUAUUGACUCCGCGUGCCAGUAUUCAGUACAGUAUACCAGGCGGUAUAGAUUUCAUUAUGGUCUUUUGUUUGUCAUAUUUAAACGCUUUUUAAGCGCGAACAAUGACUGGUUGUAAAAUGAUUUGAGAUAUAGAAGAUCGAUAUCCAAAAUCAGCACAGCACAACAGGUUCUUUGACGAGGUAGUUUACAAACCAUCCCCAUAUGGCUGAGUUUAGUGAAGAAGUUGGAGCAAAGUUUGUAAAACAAGCACCACCUAUUAAUCGCUUGGUUGGAGAAUAUCCGGUCAGCCAUGCAGACGACACGCGUCCAUUCUUACUUCGAGCUUCUAUUGUAUUGUACACAGGCGAGAUGCUACUUCUAGACAGGGCAAAUAAACAUAUAAAGUUGCUAGAUACUAAUUUCAAAUGUUUGUCUGUCAUGAAGUUUACAACUUACCCGUUUGACAUUUGCGCUUCAAACCGGAAGCGGAACGAGUUUUAUGUCACGGAACCGGAAGCUCAGACUGUGUUUUGCAUUAUGGCGGGAAAUGGUCGUAUGACUAAAUACAAAAGUUGGCGAAUAGAUGAAGAUUGCAGAGGAAUAACGUGCUGGAAAUCUGGAAUCGCUCUUUCAGUCAUGAGGGAUGGGUUCAGAGGAACUCUAGGUUUUCUCAGUUACGAAUGCAAAAUAAAGAGGAAAGUAUGGGAAUCAGAAUUGCACGCAGAACUAUUUAAAGCACCCUGGUACCUCGCCUCUAUUCGCGACGGGGACCAGGUGGUUGUCUCAGACCAAGGAAAUCAUUCUGUUAUUUGUGUAGAUGCCAAGACGACGAAUGUUAUUUUCAUAUACAAAAGCGACAUUCUUAUUGGACCACGGACUUUAACAGUGGACUCCGAAGACAAUAUUUACGUCAUUGGAAGUAGUGAAACCUGUCACAAUGUAGUAAAAAUAACACCAGCUGGGAAACUAAAAGGUGUUUUACUUUCGAGAAGGGACAAGCUGAAUUAUCCCUCUGGUAUUUCAUACAGUAUGAAGGACCGCGCUGUUGUUCUUCAAAGAAAUCACGACAAACCAACUGUGUCUAUUUUUAGAAUAUGAAUUUGCAUAAACUGAACAGAUGGUACUUCAGGUUCCAAAAGCUUAAAAGUGAUUGUUCGCAUACUUGUAUCAAGUGUCAUUUUCAUAAUAGUUUGUUUCAUUAUUAUUGAAAAAACGUACAUUUACAAAGCUUUGAAUGUCAUAUCUACACUCUUUAAACAUGGACAUGAUAUCGUAUGUAAAAUAAGCAUACGUUUACAAGUUUUGUCAUUUAAAUUGUUAAGAUAUACAUGUUUUUUUCUCAUAAGAUAUGAUAUAUGUUCAAUAUUACAUGUAUUAAUUAAACGACACUCUUGUCUGAUUUCUGGAACCAACAACUACUUGUGUCAUAAUGAGGAAUCGUGACCCCUGACCUCAGUGAGGCUUUUACACAUGAUCUCUUAUAGAGAGCCCGACAUCUUUACCACAAGGCCAACCAUUCUUCUAAACAAGUUCAAGUUGGUCUUAGUCGACACUGAGCGCAUCAGGGUUGUUUUAAUCGUAAUCAGUAAUCGAUUGUAAUCAAAUAAUUUUUUUCUCUCAAGUAAUCUGUAAUCCAAAUCAUUUUCGAUUACAUGUAAUCGUAAUUUAGGCAAUUAGCACACUAAAUUUUGGUGUUAUCAUUUCGAUUACAUGUAAUCGUAAUUUAACGAUUAACACCUUAAACUUUGGUGUUAUCAUUUCGAUUACAUGUAAUCGUAAUUUAAGCAAUUAACACACUAAAAUUUGGUGUUAUCAUGGAUUACAUUUCGAUGACAAUGGCUGAAUAUUAGGAAUUUAACUGGAAAUAGAAUGUUUUUGUUUUGUUUAAUAAUUUUAUAAAACAAGCAUUUAUUUAAUG